AUGAGAAUGAAUUCUGUGUUAGACAAUUUCAGCGAGAGUUUCAGCAGAAAGGAAAGAGAAUUUUCUCAAGCCAAUGCAUCAACUCAAAGAGGGGCUUUACUCAGUUGUUCUACUAUAACCCAAGUGAGGAUGAUCCCUCUAGCUGGUGCUUAUAAAUUAAAUGUGGAUGGGGCUAUCUUCAAAGAGGAUAAAGCUAUUGGCGUUGGUGGUGUUCUCCGGGACCAUAAUGGGGAUGUUUUCAUGGCAUUUUCUGAGAGGAUUCAAGGAGGUUUUGAGCCUAUUAUUGCUGAGUCCUUGGCAGUUUUUCGGGGGCUGCAAAUAUGUGGUUAUUUUGGCAUUCGGGAUGUUGUGAUGGAGUCUGACUCAACCAUUCUAAUGGCAAUUAAUUCAUGA